AUGCGCCGUGCCCGCACGCCGGUGCGUCGCCCGACGACGCCCGCCCAGCCUGGCCCCUCAGCUGCUCCACGUGGACGCCCGCAGCGUGUACGACAAGUUGGCUACUGCUUCUGUGGCGCGCACGGCAUCCUCUACGACGAGUACGGGCAGCCGGCGUGCAAGCGCUGCAAGCUUCAGUUCUAUGACGCUGACCGGUACGUCAGGCGCGACGGUGCCGUCUGCAGGCCGAGCUGUGGGAAUCCUAACCUCUGCGCUCUCCACCGCCUCCUCAACUUCGAGAUGAUCGGCAUGCGGCGCGACUUGAUCAGGCGCCG